AUGUCCGUGAUGCGCCAUGGAGGAAGCGGAUUCCUCCAGCGUCGCCUGACGAAGCUCUAUACGGACACCAAAACUUCGUGUGAGAGCAUUACGACCGCAUCUAAAGCUCUCGACGACCCAGAGCUGGUCGCCCUGCACGAAAGCUUUCAGAAACAACGAGACCGAUUGCUAUCAUGGGGGCUGGAUUGGAGCGACGCCAGCGCCGCUCAGCCAAACGACAUCGAUGAGUCGUUGACCGCUGCCGGAUUCAGCGAUGUCGUGGAAAGCGUCAUGUCCACGAUCCAGGGCUUGUUGAACGAUGCCGAGCGUAUUCAGCACAUAGAUCCACCGAUGACCUCGAAGGAACAUAAGGUUGAUCUGCCCACGAAAGACGCAUUAGGCGGCCGGCCUCUUAAAACGCAGUGGACGGAGGAUGAUGUUCGUCGCUCUCAGACAAUUUUGAAUGACCUCACCUCGUGCAUUGACACACUCUAUGAGCUGUCUACCUCACGCCGCACGAUGGCGUCUAGUAUAUCAUCGAGCAAACACAGCAUGAGUGGGCGUCGAUCCAAGACGCAUCCUCUCCCAGCCCACGACACUCCAUACAGGACCUACUCUGAUUCGAACGAAAAGGCAAGGGCUUCAAAGCCGGGAUAUGACGCGUUUUUCCCUACAUCUUUGACUUCGAAAAAUGGCCAGUCCCAAGCCCUGCUUAUUGAGCGCUCUGCUCUACAACUAUUUGGCGCGACCCAUGAUAAUAGCCCACCUCCAUACGCAUCUGUCGCAGUCUCAACCAACUCCCGCAUGAUCGGUCGCCUGCAAACGUCGUCGUGUGCAUUGCUUCGAGACUCUGUGACCGAUCCGCAUGUGUCUGUGUUGGUGGAGUUUAUGCCGAUGAUGGUUGCUCCCCAGCCAAGCGCGAAGACUUCUCGGCUGGAGACGUUGCAGAACUCUCUUGAUCUUCUACUUCAAAAUUCCAGGGUUGGACAUCUGGGUCUUUUGAGAUUUCUGGGUUACUGCGCUGACGAUUCUAACGCCCGUUAUGCUUUCCUCUAUCAAAUGCCCGUGGAUUAUUUCCCUUUUUUGCUAAACCCCAGUGACCUGUUGAAGGAACUGAAACCAAUGUCCCUAGAAGCCCUUCUUCCCUCGUCAGAGGACUUUCGGGAGAAGCGAAUGCCCAAUCUGGAGACACGUUUUCGACUUGCAUAUGAUCUCAUGAUGUCUGUCUUGCAUAUGAGGAGUCAGAAUGUCGUGCAUGGUAAUAUCAACAGCAACAAUAUCAUUUUCUUCCCUGGCCGAGCCGAUGCUAGCCAUGACGCUGGUGGCCUGGCCCCAGACAUGCGGCGACCCUACCUCACCUCACCAGCGCGCUUCUCUGCUGACGGGCCAACACCUGAGCUGCUGUCAACGGCAAUGUACCGCCAUCCUGACGACAAGCGAUCAAUUGAAGACGACGCUGCUUGGGCAUACGAUCUUUACUCUCUGGGCCUUGUCCUACUGGAGAUUGGGUUGUGGGCCCCUAUCGGUCGACUUUGGAAAGAGAAGUACGAUCGCUCCUGGUUCAAGCGUCGGAUUGAAGAUCUGUAUGUCAAAAAGCUUGGUGCAAAGUGCGGGACGGCGUACUUGCAGGCCGUCCAGCUUUGUCUUGAUGCUCCUAAUUUCCAUCUCUCCACCCAACCUAUGACCGACCUCACCCUUCGUGUGCCUCAGGUAUACCACUACCCUGUUCUUGAACAGUCAGAUCCUGAAGGCACCUUCUCGUUCUCCAUGAACUUCCUUUACACCAUUUGCAAAGUUCUUUGGGCGUGCACCCGCAUCGACAUCUUCGCGGCUCCACCCCCGGAAGAGCUCGAUGAUUCUCUGCCUUUGGCACUCGUUCCAUGUUCGGAACUCGCUCCUAGCGCGCAGGUCGCUGAACCCCUUUCAUUCCACAAUGAGCCGCUCAACCUGGAGAAAGAUCUACCGUUACUUCCAGAUUCCCAAUGGCAAGUGCGUUCCGAGCCCAAUGUGAUCGAAAGACCUGCCAGAAAACGAACUAUAAAACGUCUUCCACACCUGGAAAUACCCGAUGAGCAUCUGCAAGAAUGGAACUUUCAGAUCAUGCCUCGCCUCAGCCGGCUUCUGCAGAAGAUUCUCAAAGAAUCGGACGAGUCCUGCGGGGUGAACCUCAUGAUGACCGGUGAAACCAUUGAAAGCGCCAAAACCACAAUCUGUGUAACGUGCGCAAGUGUCAAGAAAGUUCGGUCUGCCUUGAAGAAGCAUUUCCCCGUUGACCAUGAAGACUGGGACCUCAUUGUUCUCCGUGGAGACAUUGAAAGAUCAAAAGUUCCUCGCACCAAGCGACAGCCCGCCAAGACCCGUCCCAACACAUCGAUUCAAACGCCGUUUCGCCAGCGUGAAUUGAAUCCUUGCUAUCAACAAAGGCCGCUUUGUGGUGCAUCAAUCGGCGCUUUCCAGAACGAAGAGCACUUGCCUCCUGUAUCUUACGGAGGUGCUGUUCUCGUCGAUGGUCAUCCUUAUGGUCUUACAGUUCACCAUAUGCUUGAGGUGCCAAGUGACGAUGACGAGCCUGGGGGUAAUGGACCUGAGGCUCCUUUGCGCUCCGCCGGCCGACCCCAAGACACGUUGCGAACGGCCUCUGGUGUCAGCAGUCAAGAAUUCAUGUAUCCCUGGCGCGAUGAUGAGCCCUCCGAAGCCAAUGCAGACCUCGAGAUAUCAGGCUCGGAAGAUGAUGACUCCCUCUCUCACCCCGACGAGAGUGAGGUCGACGAAUAUUGGCUGUCCGAAGACGAUUCCUCCGAUGAUGAAUCUUUGGAGGGUGUCGACGACGAUGACUUUGACGAUGAUGCGGCCUCAGUCGGUGAUACUGCUGGCGUUGAACCGGGAGAAGAACCUCGUUUGAUGGUCACCCAACCAGCUCUUGAUGACGUCCACGACGACUUCUUUCCAUCAGCUGAGGAUCGUGAUGACGAACAUCUCGCGUCUCAUUCCCUUGGCUACAUCCAUGCCUCUUCGGGUCUCCGUCGGUGGACGCGUAAGGGCAUGAAGCAUGAGAUUGACUGGGCCCUUAUCAAAGUUGAUGACACUCGCAUGGAUGCCCGCAAUAUCGUUGUGGACACCACGCCGUUUCUUCCAGGUCGAGCGGGGUUUGGUCGGAGCCCCCCACCCCCGAUCUUUCUCAACCAGGUCGCCCGUAUCGAGGAGUUGGGCGGUAUGCUGGUCCAAUGUUGCGGUCGCACCAGUGGUUUGCAGACCGGGCAGAUAUCCAAGGCCAUGACACUGGUCAAGCUUCAUGGCCGCCAUUCGUUCUCAACAAGCUUCUCUGUGAGCGGAAAUUUUGGAGCCCCCGGUGACUCAGGUGCUUGGGUUUUUGAUAGGUCUACCGGCCGCGUCUGUGGCCACGUCCUGGCUUGGUCAGCACAAACCAAUAUAACCUACAUUCUACCGAUGGAAGUCAUCUUCGAAGAUAUUCAGCGUACCCUUCACGCAUCCCUCGUCUGCCUCCCCGGUGACCCAACCCGUGGUCUAGGCUACGCGAACCCAACGCCUCCUCUCCACCCUGGAGGAUAUCGCUACCAAAGUCCACAACUUGUGGAUGAGUUUGGUCGACUCACUGUUGGAAGUCCGUCUCCCGUUCCGCCGAGUAUACCUCCUCGUCCCCCUGCCCACCCGUAUGGCUACCAUCCGGGAGGUUUUACUCACCCUCCGCCUCCGCCUCCACCUCCACCUCCACCUCGCCCGGGAUCCCAGGAGGCGCACCUAUACCGGGGCGUCAACCCCAUCCCUCCAGCGCUUAUGACUAGACCUCGAAAUGUUGAGCGACAAUAUGCCUAG